GCUCUCGGGCCGCCGCGGGCUCCGCGUCAGCAGCCGCAGCCGAGCGAGGCCACGGCCGCGGGCAGGAGCAGCUCAGGUGUUGCCCCGCCCCGCUCUCCCGCGGCCCCGCCCCCGCUCAGGUGAGCGGCCCCGCCCCGGCCUAGAAUCUGAGAGCAGUAAGUGUGUCCCAAAGAGAAACAGUCACUGGGGGUGAGCCCGGACCCACAAUGGAGAUUCCCCCGGCAGCCAAGCUGGGUGAGGCUUUCGUGUUUGAGGAUGGGUUGGAGAUGCAGACAAACCUUUUCCCGGAGGAGGACCCGGGGGACCCUUUUCUUCAGGAAGGGGGUUUAGAGCAGAUGGCUGUCAUCUACAAGGAGAUCCCUCUGGGGGAGCAGGACGAUUAUGAGGGUAAUAGCAGUCUGUGCUCAAGCCCCGUCCAGCAUCAGAGCGUCCCCCCAGGAGACAGACCCCAGGACGAUGAGCCGUCCAGCCCAACCUUCCUCCAGAAAUCAGACCUGACUAUGUGCCAGAUAAUCCACAGCGGGGAAGCGUCCGGUAAGCCCGAUGGGGAGACGGCGGGCAGGGGGGACUCGGGACCCGAGGGGCCUCACAGGACUGCACAGCCAGCCAAGCCCUACGCAUGUCGCGAGUGCGGCAAGGCCUUCAGCCAGAGCUCGCACCUGCUCAGGCACCUGGUGAUCCACACGGGGGAGAAGCCCUACGAGUGCUGUGAGUGUGGCAAGGCCUUCAGCCAGAGCUCGCACCUGCUGCGGCACCAGGCCAUCCACACGGGGGAGAAGCCCUACGAGUGCCGGGAGUGCGGCAAGGCCUUCCGCCAGAGCUCUGCCCUUGCGCAACACCAGAAGACCCACACCGGGAAGAGGCCGUACGCAUGCAGGGAGUGCGGGAAGGACUUCAGUCGGAGCUCGAGCCUCCGGAAGCACGAGCGCAUCCACACCGGGGAGAAGCCCUAUCAGUGUAAGGAGUGCGGGAAAUCCUUCAACCAGAGUUCGGGCCUGAGCCAGCACCGGAAGAUCCACACGCUGAAGAAACCGCACGAGUGCGAGCUCUGUGGGAAGGCCUUCUGCCACCGGUCCCACCUCAUCCGGCACCAGAGGAUCCACACAGGCAAGAAGCCGUAUGCGUGCGAGGAGUGCGGGAAGGCCUUCAGCCAGAGCUCCAACCUCAUCGAGCACCGCAAGACACACACGGGCGAGAAGCCUUACAAGUGCCACAAGUGCGGCAAGGCCUUCAGCCAGAGCUCCUCGCUCAUCGAGCACCAGCGUAUCCACACCGAAUCCAGAAGAAGAAUAAACGUCAGAGGGAGAAAGUGGAGUUAAACCCAUGAAAAUGUCAGAUGAGCUCUAACAUCAGGCACUUUUAGAAGAAGUAACCGUGUUCGCGGUCCAAUCAACUGAAGGAAAAUGGAUCCAAAGUAGACGCGUCAGCAGCCCGCCUCGGGCACUGGUGGGGACGGCCAGCUCAGGUGACAGAGCAGAGGGAGGGUCUGGAGGACUCAUCCUGGGUGUGGGGGUGAGGCCCCUGUGUGCUCUCUCAGCCCUCCACCUGGGUUAGCUGAGGGCGGUUCUGGCCGGCAGCUCUUCCAGGAGGUGGAGGCGUGGUCCCGGAGGAGGCCGGGGGACGGUGCAGCCUGGCCCUGGCUCAGCCCGGGCAAAGGCUCACUGCUCCCCCGGGGGUAACCCUCCACCAGACCUAGGGCCCCAACCACAGCGUGCCUUGGACAUCAUUGGGGCCCGUCUCUGGUCGGCGCUCUGCAGCCUCCCCUCCGCCCUCCAGUGCAAGGGGAUAGAAGGUGAUUCGGUCAGAAGGUCUGGGUUCAAGUUCCAGUUCUGGCCCCUCCCUCACCUUGGUGACCCCUUCCGUGAGGUGGGCAUAUUGGGACUGGCCACAUUCCCCUAAGGGCUGGUGCAAGGCUCCUAUUCAGAGUGGGAACACGCAUGAACGUGCUUUGUCGGCUGGCGAUUGAGGAUGGAGACCCACAGUGACCCCUGCCCCACCUGCAAGGGAGGUGCAUCCCUGUCUGGUUCCCGACAUGGCAGGGCCCCCCCUUCAGCCAGGCUUUCCCUCCCUCCCUCCAGCUUGUGUUCUGGGUGCGGCGCCCUGAGCAGGACACUUCCUGCAUGCCGUCCCCGCAGCGGCAGUGUGUCUGCGUCCUGUCCUUCUCUCUGUCCUCCCCACUGGGGGUUGUUUAACGAGUACCAUUGUCUGCGUCCUGCCCUGACCAGUUCAGUUGGGCAUCCCCAGAGGUGGGGCUCCGGCAUGUUUUUAAAGUUCCCCAGGUGAUUAGAAGGUUCCCCUGCAUAGCAGGCUGUGAGCCCGUGCUGGCUCCCAGGCAGCCCCAGCAUCUCCCAGAUGGCAUCGUCCAGAGCAGAGCUUGAAGGUGGCCAUCCUGUCUCAGACCCCUGCCCACCACCCCAGGGAUGGGCUCAGGCAGUGCCGUGUCUGGCUGGUUGGUAGGCGUUUGUCCCAGGCCUUUGUGUGUCCAUGAGGAUCUUUAGUUCUGGCUCCCCGGGCUCCUCAGAGCUAGUGCAGGGAGGACGCAGUCUGAGCUAUUUUGAAGCUUUCCGAGUCUCUGGCUGAAAUCCCACGAACCCAUCAUGGUCACACUAGUUAUUUCAGCUUAUGAGAAGCUCAGCUGGGCAGCUGUGUAUGGUUUAGAUGAAUGAAAAUGGGAACGCCAUAGUGGUUACUUCUUAAGUGGGGCUUGGUAGGCCAGAGAUGUUAAAGCGACAGGUCUGUUGGGCUGGGAAGAUCGGCUCUGUCCAGCUCCUCUCUGCUGUGUGAGUCUGUGGAGCAUUGAACCAGCUCUCCAGGUCCCCGCAGAGCCUCUGCAUGAGCAGGUGGACCAGCCUGACCGGGUGGUGCCAGGCACUGUCUGCAGGCAGCCUGCACGGAGGGUCUUCGGUCACCAGUGAGAGUGAAGACAGAGUACUGACACCCCUGCUCAGUGCAAGUGGGACAGCGCCCCCCCAAGAUCUACCUCCUCGCCCCCUGCUGUCCCCGCAUUCGGCCUCAGCCUUGGCCAGUUGUCUGCUUCCUACCUUUGAUGUCUGUCCCCGCACACUGUGCACCAGCCAAAUUUUUUUUUUUCAAGCAUCACUUUGCACAUGUCACCACUCUCCUUAAAACCAACCUUCAGGGGUCUUCUGCACGUAAACCCCCAUUUUAACCAGCCUGGGUUACCUGCGCGAGCAAGCGUCUCGGUGUUCCCACCACGCCCAGAUGCACCCCACUCACGCCCAGCUUCUCUCAGCUCAUUUAUGCUGUUCUCACAUUUUUGAAUAUGCACUUUUUCUCUUCCUCCCCCACAUCUCCUUUCUUCCUUUUGACUGUGUAAUAUGGGGAUUAAGACCCCCUUUCUGAAGGGUUGACAGACUCUCACAAAACCAUGGUCAGACCAGGCAGGUACUUUCUUUGUAGGAAGUGUGAGCAGAGCCUUGUUCUUUCAGUUCAAAUUCUUUCACUGAUUUCUUAUGUAUUUUUAAAUCUUUUCAUUUAUUUAGGUUCUCAAACAGUGUGAUGUUAUAAGAGAUCAUCUUGGUAAUAUUUUAAUCGUCCUUGGUUUAGUUGUUUUUGUUUUAUUGUCUUACAUUUUUUCCUUCUUUUAGGAAGUGUUGAGUGUUGUAAAGCUCCAGUUCUUGGUUCUGUUUACUAAUUGAAUUGUUUGUCAAAGUGCAUGUAUUCUGCUCUUUUCUUUCUUUUUUUUUUGACUUAAUACUUUACAUUUCUAAGAUUAUUUAUAGUUAAUCAUUUUUAAUAUUUCUAGUAAAUGGGGGUACUUUAGCCUAUGAUUUUUUUCUUACAGUUACAGCUUUUUCUGCGCUCUGUAACGUUGACAUGUGUUGUCUUUUGCUGUUGUCCUUAGGACUUUCCCUUUGACCCAACUAUUAUUAUUGUUAUUGUUAUUAUUAAUUUAAUAUUUCCCAGUGAUGACUGCUGAGGUUAUGGCUGUUACUUCUUAUGGUAUGUGGUGGUGUCAACAUUUCUAAGUGUCCAUAGAACUUCUCUGGGCCUGAAUAUAUUAUCAGUUUUUAUAAGACAUUUGUGUACUCUCAAGAAACGUGUUUUUACUCCAUCAGUUCUAUUUGUUAAAUCAGUUUUUAUAUUAUUUUAUUCAAAUCCAUACUCUCUCUAACUUUACUUCAGAGUUCUUAACCUGGGGUCCAAGGACUGCCUGGGAGUCCAUGAGCAUGCAGGGGUUUCAGAGGUCGUGGAUGCCAGGGAUUGAACAAAGCUGUGUGGAUAUGUGCAUGCAUGAAUUAUUCUGGGAGGGGGGUCUGUAGCACUCACCACAUUUUGGAAGGGCUCUGUGACCCCAAAGUAGGUAAGAACACUCAUUUACCUAGUCAAAUCACAGUCUGAUUUUGUGUUUUUUUUCUUUACGUAUUUCUAUUUUGCUUUAAUUUCUGUUUCUAUUUUAUGUAUGUUGUUGCUUUGUUAGUUGUUCAGUUAUCUUCUUAAGAAAUAGGCAGGGUACAAAUGAUCAAGUAAUUACCAUAUUUGGGGCAUAUAUGUUUAAUAGUGACAUCUCGAAAAACUGUGCCUUUUAGUGCCCUCUUUGCCUCUUUUAAUGCUUCUAGCUUCAACUUCUCUUUUGCAAAUAUCAUAAUGGAAGCCCCUUGCUUUUUUUGAAUUUGCAUUUGCAUGAGAGUUUAUUUGGCUCGGCAUUUUAUUUUUAAAAUUUGUGUAUAUAUUUUGCUAUAUAUCUGUAACUUAUAAACAGCAAAUUGUUGGAUUUUGUUUUCUGAUUCUUUCUGUAAUUCUUCUCACAUAAGUUCUAUUAUUAACAUUAUU